AUGGCGGGCAAGGGAAAUGCUGCUGUCAUAGAGGCUGUGAGCAACAGCCUGCAACAUGAGUCCAACCUGGUUCGCGAGCACGCUGUCGUCACCCUGAAGGACUUGUCCAGUUGCGGAGAUGCAGCAGUGGUUCGCAAACUGGUAGCGGCUUUGGCGGACGAAGGGCUGAGAGUUCGUAUGGCUGCCGCGGAUGCUUUGUCCAAGGUUGCACGGAGAGGUGAUCCCAUCUGGAUAGCGCUUGUUGUGGAGCACUUGGGCCACCAGUCACUCGAUGUCCGCGAGGCAGCACUGAUUGCGCUGCAUCAACUCGCAGCUCCAGGCUGUGCGGAUGUGAUUGCGUCGAUUUCCUUGCGGAUGGAGGAUGCUGACAUUGGAGGCCGGAAGGCGCUCCUUUCGGCGCUGCAGCAGUUCGCUCUGCCAGGCAACCAGCCCGCCAUUCUCGAGGCUGCAAGGUGUGUGGCUGACUCCAGCAUAGAAGUCCGCAAGAUGGCAUUGCGAGUGCUUGGAACCCUGGCGGAGGAUUUGCCGCAAACAGCGGAGGGCCGAGUGAUAGCGAGCCUCGAGGACUCCCAUGCCUCCGUGCGCAAGACGGCGGUCACUGCUCUGGAAAAGCUGGCCAGGAAGAGUUCCGGGCUUCGACGCCUCUUGCUGGACCGGCUUGACGACCCUGCACCGUGCGUGCAGUGUGCAGCAAUCUUGGCAGCAGGCCGACUUUGUGAUCUCGACGACGAGGUCACAGCCACCAAGCUAGCAUCGUGCCUGGAAUCAUCCGAGAAGAUGUGUGAGGUCGCUGCCCAGCAAGCACUCGGCUGGCUCCUGCAGCGUGGCUCGCGCGCGCCGCUGCCAAAGCUGGCACAGUUGCUUUGGCACGGCAACGAGAAGGUCCGAGAAUCCGCGAACCUGGUGCUUGCACGGCUUCCUUGCCAGUGGCAGUGGUUAAGGGAAAAGUGGAGCCCGGCAACACCUCCAAGUCGACCGCUCCGGUUUGCGCAGAAGGCCCUCUGA